CUGAUAGGCUCCGCGCCGCUGUCAGACCGCACUCGUAAGCUAGGCUGUCCUUAGGUUAGUUGUGUUCAGUCGUUCUGUUAAGUUUUAUUUUUUUUUGGUCGUUGUUGUGAUAUUUAUUAUAUUUUUUUAUAAAUAAUCUAUUUUUUAUUUAUAAGCUACAUAUACAAAAAUGAGGAGGGUAACGCUUUUCGUGAACGGAACUUCCAAAAGUGGCAAGGUAGUUGCAGUCUAUGGGACCCUGGCAGACUUGCUGUCCGUUGCCAGCAGCAAACUGGGAAUACGUGCCUCCGCCCUGUACAACGGGAAAGGGGGGCUCAUCGAUGACAUCACCCUCAUCAGAGAUGAUGACGUGCUGUAUGUUUCUGAAGGAGACUCUUUCAUAGACCCCCAGGAGGAUGUGAAGACUGCGGAAGAGCCGUCGGGUGCAAACACAGACUGGCUGACUCUAAACAUCGGGGGCCGGUGCUUCACAACCACGCGGACCACCUUGGUGAACAAGGAGCCGGACAGCAUGCUGGCCCACAUGUUCCAAGACAGAGGUGGGUCUCUCGUCGCCUCUUCACUGUCAAAGACCAGAGCCUUCAAAGGGAUACCCCCCCUGUUCUCACCCCCUGCUCUCCCCUGCUUCCUCUCUCCCUCAGAACUGUGGGGGAACAAGCAAGACCCCCGGGGAGCUUACCUGAUUGACCGCAGCCCUGAAUACUUUGAGCCCAUCCUCAACUACCUGCGGCACGGGCAGCUGAUCGUCAACGAGGGCAUCAACCUGCUGGGAGUGUUGGAAGAGGCGCGGUUCUUUGGGAUCGAACAGCUGGCAGAACAGUUGGAGGUUGCGAUCAAGAAUUCCCAGCCUCCGGAAGACCACUCCCCCAUCUCGCGGAAGGAGUUUGUGCGCUUCCUGCUGGCCACGCCCACCAAGUCUGAGCUGCGCUGCCAGGGUUUGAAUUUCAGCGGUGCAGACCUGUCCCGACUUGACCUGCGCUACAUCAAUUUCAAGAUGGCCAACCUGAGCCGCUGCAACCUGACCCACGCCAACCUGUGCUGCGCCAACCUGGAGAGAGCGGACCUGUCCGGAGCAAACCUGGAGGGUGCUAACCUGCAGGGGGUGAAGAUGCUGUGCUCCAAUGCAGAGGGCGCUUCUCUCCGGGGCUGCAACUUCGAGGACCCCUCAGGGCUCAAGGCCAACCUGGAAGGCGCCAAUCUGAAGAAUGUGGACAUGGAGGGCAGCCAGAUGACUGGCAUUAACCUGCGAGUGGCCACUCUGAAGAACGCCAAGCUAAAGAACUGCAACCUGCGGGGUGCCACGCUGGCAGGGACCGACCUGGAGAACUGCGACCUGUCUGGCUGUGACCUGCAGGAGGCAAACCUGAGAGGCUCCAACGUGAAGGGGGCCAUCUUUGAGGAGAUGCUGACACCACUGCACAUGUCUCAGAGCGUCAGAUAACCACAAGCAGAGAGAGCCACUGCCUCCACUUCCUCCCCGCCCACCCCAGCUGCUUCUCUCCCUGACACUGGGAUCAGUCUCCCAAACACCAGGCUCUGAUCGCCAGCUUCUCUCAGGGCUGCUUCCCCAGCGUCUUCAAGAUUAAUCUUUGGUACAGCCGUGAGAAACCAAGUCAUGUAGACAGAGGUUUUGGCUCAUUGCUUAACGCCAACGAUGAUGAGGAUCAUGCAAGCAUUAUUAUACACGUUGCAAUAUCUUAUUGAGGGUAUUGAAGACCGCUACAGCAUUGCAGGUUUGUUCUGUCGGGUGAGUUGCAAACGCGAUCCCGAUUUAAUCCAUUCUUUGUGUUUUCUGGGAGGCGGGAUGUUUGCUCCCGCUUUUGAGCAUCGCACCCUUCCGACCCAGUCCUCCCAAUAUAGAGGAGCCAAUCCCCCAUAGCACACCUCAGUGGGAGUGAGCACAUUACCCUCACUCCCUCCAAAGUAGGGGCGGUUGGGCUUUUCCUUAAUGAAGAAGCUUGCAUCCUGUGACUCGUGCAGCUUAAAAACCUACAGGGUAUGUGGCAGGAUAUGUGCGAUCCGAUGUGCCAACGCAAUAUACAGAGAGAGAGAGUGCUGAGCGCACCAUAUAUAACAAAGGCAAUCGUAGUAGAAUUUAGUCGGUUUUAAAGAUGUUGCAGGUUUUAAAAACCCUUCACACCCUUGUGAUUGUUUAGCCGAGUUUUCAUUUCUGAUACUCUUUGUAAAGACGAGAGUAAAGAGCCGGCCUCUUCUCUGUGUUGCUGUGCAGCUCCUGUGCUCCCCUGCCUGCACCAGCUUCAGUGAACCAGCAGGAAGAUACAGUUAGUGUUCCAGUAGUCUCUCACCCCCUCCACAACACAGACACAUCACAGAGAAUGUGUGUCAUUAUUAAUUCUGUGACAUGACGUAUAUUGCCUCCAGGCUGCUUGGUUAGAGGGCCCAUCUCCUGGCAAAUUGGCCCAGGCUGUAGACACCUUCUUAAAGCUGAGGGGACACGCAGCCACUUUGUGGCUUGGAACUAGGUUUCAGGAGACUAGAUUUCAGGCCACUGCACGGCACACCAGGGGAGACUUGGGGGUUUGAUACAGCAACCUCAAACUGGGUCUGCCGGUGGUCUCCUGGAACCAGGUUUCAAGCCGCUGUUGCUGAAAAAGUGGCUUUAUGUUCCCCUCCGCUUAUGAGAUUAGAUAGACCGAGGGUGGAUUUAGAGAUGAAUAAAUAAGUGUGAAGCAAGUAUGGAAGUGGAAUUCAGUGGAGUUCUAACAGGAAAGUGACACACCCCACUGCAGAAGAGUAUUAGAAAUGACGAGAAGCUAAUGCAGGCUGGGACAGCAGCUUUUCAAACUGCAGCGAGGGCCUCUCCCUCGAUUAGCAGGCAAGGGCAGUAACGUUGUCUUCCAAAGCAAGGCAGUGUGGAAUCGGACUCCCGCGAUUUGAAGAGCGAAGGCUGUUCAUUCAGAUAGGAUGUCAGACUGUAUUGAUCUACUCUGCGGUGGAAGCUGGGUUUCUGCUGCCUGAACGCGGUUGUCUUUUACCCAGCCUUGAAACUGUUGCACUUAAAUAAUAAUAAUAAUAAUAAUCAGCUGUGGAAUUGCACUUCAAGACCUAGAAUUGUAUUCUCUCCAACAGACUGUUAUAAACAAAGUUUACCAAUCA